CACAAACCAAACCACUUCCACUCCACCAACUCCUCAAGGGGUGAGGCAAAACUAGGGACAGGAUAAGUCUCGGGGUGCAGAAGGUUGGAGAACUCAGCACCAGGCAGAUUAAUUUGGAAGACCAGAAAGUACCUCUGUCACCGUGCAACAUUUGAUUGGACCAUGAAUAUUUCUAAGAAUGCAGCCCAGAAUAUAACCAGUUCAAUGGGUCCUCUCCCAGGAGCAACUGUAGGCCAGGUUGUCCUCUCACUCGCCUUCAUCCUGGGUCUCCCUGGCAAUGCUUUCGUCGUGUGGAGUGCAGGUUGCCUUGUCCGCAAGCGCACUGUCACCUGCCUUCUCAUCCUCCACUUGGCCAUAGCUGAUUUGAUUGUACUCCUCACAGCACCUAUCUUCCUCCGUUUUCUAAGUGUUGGCAGAUGGGAAAUGGGUGAAGUCAUCUGCCAGGCAUGCUAUUACAUCUGUGGAGUUAGCAUGUAUGCCAGUGUUUCCCUCAUCGCUCUCAUGAGCCUUGACCGCUGCUUGGCUAUCUCCUGGCCCUUUGUCUCCCAGAAGAUCCGCACAAGAAGUACCAUACGCAUUUUGGUUUCUGUUAUCUGGGUAGUUGGCUUUUUCUUGGCCAUCCCUGUACUCAUCUACCGAAGGGAGGUAAAUAUGGAUGGACGGCUCCUUUGUCAACUCAGCUACCCUGACCCCAAGUCCAAGCACCUGGUUUUCCACAAUCUCUUUGAAACCAUCACUGGGUUUGUUCUUCCUUUCAUUGCCAUAAUCUACAGCUACGGGACCAUAAACCGACGGCUGAAGGAGACACGGUUCCGCCGGAAGCGACGGACAAACCACCUCAUCAGUCUCAUUGUGUUAGCUUUUGCUCUUUUUUGGCUCCCGUACCAUGUGGUUAACCUUUUGGAUGUGGUUGGUGUCUGGAGCAAUUCCGAGGAGGUACAAAGGGCAGGAAACAUGGGUAGACCUACUUUGAUUGCCUUAGCCUUCUUUAGCAGUAGCGUCAACCCCAUCCUGUAUGCUUUCAGUGGUGGCUCCUUUAUCCGGUCCGCUGGCUUUGGCUUCAUGGCCAAGCUCUUUGAAGGGACAGCCUCUGAAAUGUCCAGCACCAGACAAGGCACCAUGCAAGGAAGUCAACAGCUUGGAAAUUCAAAGAUCAAACACUUAAAUCAUGAGAAUCCUGAAUUUCUGACUAUGUCUACUAACCCAACAACUGGUGGAUCAUCUCAAGAAGGUGGGGAUGCUUCCAAGCCCCUCCAGUCACCUUACAAACCCACUGAAGAGCAAUAUGAGCUUUGAACUCUGUAUGGUGAAAUGCUCUCUUUCUCUCACCAUAUGUCCUCUUUACAUCAAUAUUAUGUGAGAAAGGACAAUUCUGUUUUUCCAGCAAGCUCUGAAUUACCACCUCAUUCAAAAGAAUGGGUUACUUCACUGAACAUGCACAGUGCCUUUCACUACCAAGAUAUCAAAUCUUAGAGCAGCAAUUCUGUGUCAUGUUUUCUAAAUCAAAGCUUGAAAACCAGUCUGUGAACACUGGUGGUUCAGUACUGGAAUUCUAGCCUGACACAGGGGAGGAUUGGGUUCGAUUCCUGGUCAAUGCAACUUGGUAUAUGUGUGUGUAUUGUGUGUAUAUGACAGGAGGUUGGACUGGAAUGGCCUUUGUGGUACUGUCCAGCUCUAUGAUUCUAUGAUUUUAAAUUGAUCUUUUGGGACUUAAGUUGCAGGAUCAGGUAGCCAUGCUUUUUGAGGAUUUUGAAGUGGCAGUAACCCAGUCUUUAUUUCCCUUCCUUCCUUUCUGAAAUUCACCCACAAGCUCUGAGUUAGCAGGAGCGCUUAGAUAUCUUUUGCUGUUUCAUUUUAGUUUGUAAACACCACUUUGGGCCCCAAAUUCUGAGAGCAAACUGUUACAAAUAAAUAAUAAUCUCUUUUUCUACAAUAGUGGUUCCUAACCUUUCUAAUGCCGCAACCCCAUUAUUCCCUUUCCUCAUGUUGUGGUGACACCCAAACACAAAAUUAUUUUCGUUGCUGUAUUGUCGAAGGCUUUCAUGGCCAGAAGAACUAGGUUGCUGUGGGUUUUUUCGGGCUAUAGAACAUGGCCAUAUAGCCCGAAAAAACCUACAACAACCCACUAUUUUCAUUGCUACUUCAUAACUGCAGUGUUGCUACUGUUAUGAAUCGUAAUGUAAAUAACGGAUAUGCAGGAUGUAUUUGGGGCAGAGGGUGAUUUUGUCAUUUGGGAGUUGCAGUUGCUGGGAUUCAUAGUUAACCUACAAUCAAAGAACACUCUGAACUCUACCAAUGAUGGAAUUGAACCAAACUUGGGACACAGAAUUCCCAUGACCAACAGAAAAUACUUCAUAAUUGUAAUUUUGCUACUAUUAUGAAUUGUAAUGUAAAUAUCUGAUAUGCAAGAUGUAUUUUCAUUGAUUGCACCAAAUUUGGCACAAAUACCCAAUAUGCCCAAAUUUGAAUACUAGUGGGGUUGGAGAGAGGAUUUUGUCACUUAGGAGUAGUAGUUGCUGGGAUUUAUAGUUCACUUACAAUCAAAGAGCACUCUAAACUCCACCAACGAUGGAAUUGAACCAAACUUGGCACACAGAACUCCCAUGACAAACAGAAAAUACUGGAAGGAUUUGGUGGGCAUUGAUCUUGAGUUCGGAGUUAUAGUUUACCUACAUCCACACAGCAUUGUGGACUCAAACAAUAAUGGAUCUGGACCAAACUUGGCACGAAUACUCAAUAUGCCCAAAUGUGAACACUUGUGGAGUUUGGGGGAAAAUAGACAUUUGGGAGUUCUAGUUGCUGGGAUUUAUAGUUCACCUACAAUCAAAGAGUAUCCCAAUGAUAGAACUGGGCCAAACCUCCCACACGGAACCCCCAUGACCAACAGAAAAUACUGUGUUUUCUGGUUGUCUUUGGUGACCCCUCUGACACCCCCUUGUGACCCUUCCAUGGGUCCCAACCCCCAGGUUGAGAAACACUGUUCUAGAAGAAAACAAACUGUAUUUUUUGGAUAAGGCAAAGAGAAGAUAAGAGCAUCUACCUAUAAUCCACCCUCACACACCUUAAAUUUCCUUUCAGCUCUUUUCAUUCAUUUUUUGGAUCUAUUUUAUUCUCAAGAGGUGUUUAAUAUUGAUGGCUACUGAUAACAUACAGAGUUAUAAAAAGAAGAGAAGGAGAAGAGAAGGUGGUGAGCAUUUGUGGGAAACAGUAAAGACUGACAAAAAAAAUGUAUUAUCUCCAUUCUCUUCCAUCCUUUCCCAUUCAACUUACUUUGCUCCAAAGAUACUUAUAGAGAUGGCCUCACCACUAGGUAAUGUGAGAUAGUCACUUUAGGCAGCAGGUAUUUGAAGGUAGAAUGAAAGUAUUUGAGAUGAACGCUGUGUGAAGAUUCCACU